AAGCAAAAUGUCAUCGGCUUUGCUUACAAAACCUCCAUGGAUUGCGUCCGGGGGGCGAUCUGCUUAGAAACUUCCGUGACGAAGUACUGCGCAAUUUACUUUCUCUGAAUUGAAAGUAAUACCAUGGCGAGAACCAACUCGGGGCCCAUCUUCCUGCGCUUCAAGACAGUCGAGGACAGUUGACUUCCACUAACAUCUCAAACCCGGCCGACACCGUCUGGAAAUCAACUGGCACCCCCUUCACCAUGGAUACACCGGCAGAGAAACAGUCGGCGCCAGCAGACAUGGCAACUUCAGGAGACAAUUCUGAGACGGAAAGGGGCAUUGUCCCCAGCACCGACCAGUCCAAGGAGGAGUCGCCGCCUCCUCCCCGGACGGCCCACGGCAUCAUCUGGGUCUUGAUCGUCGCGAGCAUCCUGAUGGCCAACUUCCUGUUUGCCACCGACAACACCAUCGCGGCCAACAUCCAGCCCGCCGUCAUCCGGCAGUUCAACUCGCUCGACAAGCUCGCCUGGCUCGGCGUCGCCUUUCUAGCCGCGUCCUGGGGCGCCAACUUCUUCUGGGGAGACUUGUACGCGCGAUUCAGCGCAAAAUGGACCUUCUGCGCCAGUUUCGUCGUCUUCUCGGUCGGCUGCGCCGUCGCCGGAGCGGCUCCCACCAUGGAUGCUCUGAUUGUCGGACGUGCCAUCUGCGGCAUGGGGGGUUCUGGCAUGUACAUUGGUUCUAUGGCCAUCCUGACCAAGAUGACUUCGGAGCGGGAGCGGCCGCUGUACCUAAAUCUUGUCGGCAUUACCUUCGGCGGAGGAACUGUGCUUGGUCCCAUCAUUGGAGGCGGUUUCGCUGGGAGCGGCGCCACUUGGCGCUGGGCUUUCUACUUCAAUCUCGUGGUCGGUGCCGUCUGCGCUCCGAUUUACAUCUUCCUAUUGCCAGCCCUUAACCCACUCCCCGGGAAGAGCAUCAAGGAACGGCUGCGCGGGUUCGAUGUCCUCGGUAACCUUUUUGUGAUCGGCCUCAUCGUCUGCAUCGUCAUGGCCAUCACGUUUGGCGGCCUCGAGUAUGCCUGGAAUUCGGGACAGGUCAUUGCCCUCUUCGUCCUGGCCUUCGUCCUUCUCUGGGUGUUCCUGAUCCAGCAGCACUUCGCCUUCCUCACCACCAUCACGAACCGCAUCUUUCCCAUGCACUUCCUCAAAUCGGCUACCAUGGUCGUGCUCUUCCUCGAAGUAGCCUGUUGCGCCACCUGCGUCUUCGUCCCGGUUUACUUCUUGCCGCUCUACUUCCAAUUCGUCAAGGCUGACAGCCCUAUCCUUGCCGGCGUGCGAAUUCUCCCCUACGUCGUUUUGCAGAGUGCCAUCGCCAUUACAGCUGGCUGGGCCGUCGGCAGAACCGGUUACCACGUCCCGUGGUUCAUAUUCGCCGGCGUGUUUUGCAUCACCGGUUCCGCGCUACUCUAUACCGUCAACCAGCACACGGCCCUCGCCAACAUCUAUGGCUACCAAGUCCUCCUCGGCCUCGGUUCCGGCGCCGCCACCCAGCUCACAUUCGCCGUUGCGUCUAUCAAGGCGAAGAACCAGCUCGACGUCGGGCGUAGCACGGGUUGGCAGGCGUUCGGCCAGCUCGGCGGCCCCUCCAUCUCCCUCGGGAUUGCCAAUUCCGUCUUCCUCAACAAGGCUCACGCAGCCCUUGGCAGUCUGCUGCCUGAUGCGAGCAUCGCCGACAUCAACACCAUCAUCUCGGAGCCGAACAGCCGGCUGCUACGUGACAUGCCGGCCAACAUGCAGAACCGGGUUAUCGAUGCCGUGGUCAGUUCUAUGAGCAACGCGUACAUCUUGUGCAUUGUCGCUGGGUGCUUUGUCUUGCUCCUGAUCUUCCGAUUCAAGGUCAACGACAGGCUGUGGUAGGACCAUUUAGCUCCGGCCAGUCGUUCCGGGCAGAUGUGGGCUAUACUUGGUAUUGAUCAAGCAGGUAACCUUGAACGAGGUGGGCUUCUCAGGGGGCAAGUGACCCUUUAUAGGGAAGGACGCAGGCGAUAUUGGAGCAACAGGCUGAGGCCAGUUGACUACAUGGACUACGGAAAGUGGAAAGCAAACUAGACGAGCACAACACUAAUAUCACUUGCAUGCUAAUGAUGUUUGAUGGCCG